AUGUAUCUUUCCUUUUCAAUAUUACUAUUAGCAACACGAAGCUUUGCUUCCCCCGCCUUUCGUAAAAGAAUUGUCGCUUCUCUUGACCCGACUGCCUUUGAGGAAGCACAGCAACGGGACGAUUCUGCAACAAGAGCUUUCACGUCGGUUCCAAUCACAACUUCGUCAGGGCAAUGUCUCUUCGUGGAUGAACUUUCCGGUGACUUCAGAGCGAACAUAACACCCAUUCAAAUAGCUGCCUGUGAUGGCAGUACGGGGCAACUUUGGGAUGUUCUCACGAGUGGAAAGCAUAACAAUGUAGCAGGUAGUAUGCUAGUUGUCAAUACUUUGACUCAAGCUUGCUUGAAUUUCGAUCCUCGCCGUGCGGCUGGUAAUACUGUCAUCAUGUUUUCUUGCGGCGGUCGGGCUGACGGAGAUGGGCUUGUCACAAACUCCCAGCUCUUCCCAUUCAAUGAAACUUCCGGGCCACUUACUCUUUCUCCCGACAAUGCCCCAGGCAUUUGCUUAUCUGCUACUGCUGUCAAUGUUCUUGAUCAGGCUCCUUGUGAUGGAUCUGAUUCUAGCCAAACAUUUACUUUUGGUGCUUCAAGUGCUUCCAAUGCCUCCUCCAAUCCAGCAAUCGCCAGCUCUGUUGCACCAUCGGCCUCAAGCGCAACAGACGUUUCAUCAUCAGCCAUUCUUAUAUCUUCCGCAGCUACGUCUUCAUUGCCUUCUCCGGCUUCUCCAUCAUCAUUGGCUGUCACUGCAGCUGCUUCUGCUGUACCGACAAGCGAUCCAACGACCCCUCUUCCCGUAUCCCGUGCUGGAAAUGUACUCGAUCCUUCUGCCGCAGCUAAAGCCAAUGAGAUGGAUAACACUGCCUUAAAGGCUUUUUCGUCCGUCGCUCUAAAAGAUGCAUCUGGCCAAUGUCUAUUCGUUGAUCCAACUGCCGGCGACUUUAGACGGAAUCUGAUUCCAAUCACUCUACAAACAUGUGAUGGGAGUCAAAAUCAAGCUUGGGAUAUCGUUACAAGUGGAAAGCAUAACAACGUGCCCGGCUCGGUGCUUGUAGUUAGCAGCUUGACUCAAGGAUGUCUUAACUUUGACCCGAGAAGAGCUGCUGGCGAUACAGUUAUUAUGUUCUCUUGCGGGGGAAGAGCCGAUGGCGAUGGUUUGGUAACAAACUCGCAGUUGUUCCCAUUCAUAGAAGGCCCAACAGAAAUCUUACUUGCCCCUGAAAAUGGGAAUAACGCAACUUGUCUUGUGGCAAAUGCUGAUGGAAAGCUAGAUUCUACUCCAUGUGCUGGUGACGCUAAAAGCCAAUCAUUCACUAUUUUGACAAUUUAG